UAAAAUGAAAAGGGCAGAACAAAAGUAGCGUCGAAAUGACACAGCAAUGCAUUCUGAAACCAGUUUGGGUUAUGACGCACAAUUCAUUGGGGCGGCGGAAAGAGCUGAAAGCACAAGUUAAAACUAGUGUGGCAGGUGCACAAUCUCUGCCUGAGCAUGUGAAAAUUGUUGAAGUUGGACCCCGAGAUGGACUGCAGAAUGAGAAGGUCAUUGUUCCCGCUGAUGUCAAAAUCCAAUUAAUUAACCUUCUUUCGGAGGCGGGAUUAUCUGUUGUGGAAGCAACAAGCUUUGUCUCCCCAAAAUGGGUUCCUCAGAUGGCUGAUCAACAGCAAGUGAUGCAAGGAAUCCGAAGAUAUCCAAACGUGAGCUACCCAGUGUUGACUCCAAAUCUAAAAGGGUUUGAGUCUGCUCUGAAGGCUGGAGCGAGAGAGGUAGCCAUCUUUGGAGCAGCUUCAGAAAUGUUCAGUAAAAAAAAUAUUAAUUGCUCAAUUGAUGAGAGUCUACACCGGUUUGAAGAGGUAAUGAAAGCUGCAAAAGAUGCAAGCAUUCCAGUUCGGGGAUAUGUGUCCUGUGUUCUCGGCUGUCCUUAUGAAGGGAAUGUUUCCCCUGUUAAAGUUGCAGAGGUGGCCAAGAAGCUUUAUUCCAUGGGCUGCUAUGAAAUAUCCCUGGGUGAUACCAUUGGUGUAGGAACACCAGGCAGCAUGCACAAAAUGUUGUCAGCUGUAAUCAAAGAGGUUCCAGUCAGUGCAUUAGCUGUACACUGUCAUGAUACAUAUGGUCAGGCUCUUGUCAACAUCUUUGCAGCAUUACAGAUGGGAGUCUGUACGGUGGAUUCCUCAGUGGCUGGCUUGGGUGGUUGCCCUUACGCAGCUGGUGCAUCUGGAAAUGUAGCAACUGAAGAUGUAGUCUACAUGAUGAAUGGGCUAGGAAUUCACACAGGGGUGGAUUUGCAGAAGCUGAUGGAAGCUGGUGUGUUCAUCUGUAACGCUCUGAAGAGGAAAACCAGCUCCAAAGUCGCUCAGGCAUCUUGCAAGUUAUGAUCAGUAAAUGAUAAACCACAAGCUGGAUGAAUGAACACCAUCAUAAUAUUCCAGUAUUUCAGGGCACAAGUGUCUAGCUGUCCCCAAGGUUAAGAAAAACUACGCCAUUGUAAUUUCUGUUACGAAGUUUGAAUUUCAUUUGAAAGCGAAAAACAAAUGAGACACCUGCCAACUGCCUGUUUACCCUCUGAGUGCUGACAAGCACUUCAAAGUACAUAAACACUUGCAUAAUAAUGCCAGAAAGGAACUUUAAAGCCACGUUAAUGCACACAAAAUGCUGGAGGAACUCAGCAGGUCUGGCAGCAUCUAGGGAAAUGAAUAAACAGUCAAUGUUUCGGGCCAAGACCCUUCAUCAGGAUUAGUUUUCAGUCCUGAUAAAGGGUAUCAACCUGAAAUGUCCAUUCAUUUUUAUAAAUGCCAGCUGACCUGCUGGGUUCCUCCAGCAUUUUGUGUGUGUUGCUCUGGAUUUCCAGCAUCUGCAGAAUAUCUUGUGUUUACAGUCAAACCCACAGUUAAUAUGAAGCAGGCAGCAAAGGAAUGUUCAUUCUUUUUGAGGUUCUUUCUUCUGUUGUACACUGUUAAAGUGAAUUGAAAUGUUUUGGGGAAGUAGUAUGACAAUAGCUUUCAGUAGAUUGAUAUUGAAGGUGUGCUGUUAAUUAAAUAUCCUAAGUAUAUUUUACAUAAAUUCUAUGUUUGACCUUGAGCUAGAUUUUAGGAAAAAAAUUCUCCUUUUUUAGUUCAUGAAGAUAUCAUCUAGGAAUUGCAGCUGUUUGCAGUUCCAUUGAUUCCCCUAUUAAUGCCUAGUGUUUUCUCUUUUGUAUCACAAGUCUCACAGGGCACAUUUAUCUAAAUCAGGGGUUCCCAACCAGGGGUCCACAGACCCCUUGCUUAAUGGUGUGGGUUCAUGACAUAAAAAUAGCCAGCUUGUUUAAAAAUUCUAAAACCUGCAUAAUAUGCUGAAGGAUAUAAAAGUUGAGGAUUAACUUAAAAUUCUUGACUAAGUUUUCUGUGCAUCAUUUUUUAAACUUGAAAUAGAUAUUAUUUUGUAUUAGUUAAUUCAAUUAACAGCCUUGCAGAAAAAGCAGUUUUAAUUUGCAGAAUUUUUGAAUGCCUAUUUUCCAUUUUGCUACUACAUUUUUACCGUCAAUUAAAUUUCAGCCCAUGCCAAUCCAGAGUUUCUGCCUUAAAAAGUUAGGCCAUAGAUGUCUCAUUACCUUCUAUGACGUUGUAAUAUGGUCAUCAGAAUCAUCGUUUGUAUAGAAUGUGGUUAAUUUUGCAUUAUGGAUGUAUGUAGACUUAGUGUUAUAUUAGUAAACUUCUCAAAUAUUGAAGUCAAUUUCUUAUUGGUUUAUAUUAUUAAUAAUUAUGUAUAUAUAAUUCUCAAAAUUAAAAGAUAAUUAUUUCAGGAAAGGAAAUUUGUCAUUCUCGCCUGAUUGGUUAGUGACUGCAGUUGUGUAUUAACAGGUUGAUUUUAAUCUACCUUUGAUGUGAUUUAUCAAGCCUCCCUCCUGCAUCAAACUGCUGCUGCAUUAUGUAUGUGACACCUCGAUAUUGUCUCAGGGAAACCAGGCUGGACGUUAAAUAUGCCUUGCCAGCCAAUCGUAUAAUGAGAGUGAACUUAAAUGAAACAGUUACAUUUUAUAAAUGAACUGCUGUGAAAGAGUUGACUUUAAGUGUCACCUUCUUAAUUGUAAUUGUCUGUACAUGUACAUAUUGAAUUAAAAAUAUCAAUA